AUGGUACCCAGUCCCCGGCCCCCGCCCCCACGCCGGGCGCAUCCCUCGGCGGCCUCCAGCUGCGCCCCCGACCCCCCUCCAGACUCCAGAAGCUUUCGGAAAGAAUCUGGGGGACAAACCGCGAGUGCGUCUAGCCUGAAGAAGAGAAACCCCACGGGGAACUGGGAGGGUGGUAUCAAGGGAUGCGGAGCGGCGCGGGAAGAAGCCGGACGCACGGGAUGCGCGAGCGCCGAGCAGCGAAGGCCGUCACUUUUCUACUUUGUGGUCCCUGCCAAAACUUUUAAGCUGGAAUCCUGCCUCCGCGUGCUCAGUGAGGAGUCCCAUGCUGAGGCUCUUCCUGCUGUCUUCAAUAUCUGUGGUCCUGGCCAGCCUGUCACCGUUGCCCGCCGUCUCUGUGUGUCCUUGCGGUACCAUCUGGUGUUCGCUGAGUUCGCCCGGCGGCGUUUCUGCUGGAAGCUAAAGCCCCGAGUGGCCCGAAGGAGCGGGCAACUGCUGGCAUCUGCUCCCGCGUGUCCAUCACCCACCAUGCGGCCUCUAGUCUUGCUGUGGAGCUGCCUGGUGCUCCCAGGUUAUGAAGCCCUGAAGGGCCCAAAGGAGGUCAGUGGAUUUGAAGGUGACAGCGUGUCCCUGCAGUGCUCCUACGAGAAGAAGGUGAGGGGACGCAGGAAGUACUGGUGCCGAAAGGGUGGCCUCAUCCUGUCCCGCUGCUCCGACAUUGUCUACUCAGAACAGAACCAGGAGGUGGUACGGGGCCGGAUGUCCAUCCGAGACAGGCCCCGAGAGCUCUCGAUGACCGUGACCAUGAGGAACCUUACCGUGAAGGACUCGGGGAAGUACUGGUGCGGGAUUGACAGACUGGGCUUCGAUGAAUCUUUUGAAGUGUCUCUCAUCGUCUUUCCAGGGAGCUCUCGCCCAGUCAUCUGGCCGCUCAGCAUCACACCAAAGGACUCCACGACCAGUCGCGUCCUCACAUCCAGUGUGUCCAUCCCGAUUGUCCGCAUGAUGGCCCCAGUCUGGGUGCUCUUGUCCCUUCUGCUGGCGACAGGUCUGAUUGCCUUUGGCAGCCACAUGCUCCAGUGGAGAAAGAAAGCUUGGCUGGCCGUGGAGACACAGAGGAACGAGAAGGUCUACCUCCCAGCUUCGCCACCAGGGAACAACUGGGUGCCUGAAGAUGCCAUGAUCAACCUUGCAGCGCCUCCCGAGUGUCUCAGCAACCCCAAGGCCUCCACUGUGCCCUUCACGGAGACCCAGUACCUUGGCCAGGCUACAGAGGAAGAGGCAGCCCCUUCCCUGGACGCCAAGGAGGAUGAGGACGCAAUGGCAGCCCCUCCCCUGCAGGUGUCCGCACAGGAACUGGCUUCCGAGUUCAUCUCUGUAUAACCGCAGAAUGCCCCGUGGUCAGGCUCCGUAAAGCUGAACCGCUGAGUUUGCAAGAUUUCGCCGGCUCUGCUCACACUCCAGGGCUCCAUCCACCUUCCUCCAGGCUCCCUGCUUGUGUGCCCCAGAAUGGUAACGAAGUGAAUCUGUGGACCCCGAAGCCCAGCAUGGACGUAACAAUUCCAGCCAAUGGCUGAGACCUCCCGAGCAUAUUCUAAUCUCUAGGAAGAGUGCGCAGCUGCGGACCU